CCGGUUUGGCCCUUGGACACGGCUCGCAACCUUUUAUGUUACAUCCUUCCCAGGCCACUUCCCAAGCUCCUCGUAAGUUUGGUAAUAGACGGGGAGGGACUCCAUUCAGAGGUGGACGUCAAGGGAAACCUUCAAGAGGAAGGGGAAGUAGUCAGGGCAGAGGUGGUUCUACACCAUCAUCCUCCAACACGGAAGCUUCAGCUGUCAAUAACCAGCAACCAAAAGUUGCUGCUAGGUGUGAGGUAUGCAAUGCUGAUUGCACAAGCCUGGAUGUUCUUGAACAACACAAGCUCGGAAAGCGGCAUCUGAAGAACAUGAAGAAGUUGGAGCCAUUGAAGAACACAUUUGUUAGUGAAGUACAGAAUGGGAAGAGUGUUGCUGCUAAUGAUUUAGUAGUAGGGAAUUUUCCAUCUCAAAAUGUUGAAUCCCAAGCUGCACCUGAAACCACAGAUAAAAAAGAAGGUGAACCGGAAAAACCUGUCGUACUACCUAUUGAGGCGGCCAAAGUGAAUGAUCUGAGGCGUGGAUCAAAACGUGCGAUAAGGGGUGGUGGCCGUGGUGGGAAGCGGAUGAGAAUUUCUGGGAGACCAGAAAGGGGACCUCACAAACCCAAAGUCGUAAUUCCUUUGGUAUGUGAUUUGUGUAACGUCAAGUGUGACACUCAGGAAGUUCUAGACCGUCAUCUUGCUGGUAAAAAGCACAUUUCCAAGCGUAAGCACUUUGAAGCUCACCAAGCUAUGUAUGGACCCCAGGAGCUUCAAGUUCUGUACCCGCCUAAUCCCGUUACACAAACCCUACUCCAGUCACAACCACAACCACAACCACAACAGCCCAUCUCUGUGCCCCCCCAAGCACCGUCAGAACAACCUUCAGCAGCAAUAGCAGCAGCUUCCUCAUUGCCUUCUCAAACUCAAACUACUGUACCCUAAGCAUCAUGUGUUGUUUUUAUUUUUACCAAACCAUCAAUUUUUCUUUCUAGUUUUCAGCUUUUAUCACAAAGGUUAACAGUGUGUGGAGAUCCCAAAGAAGUGGUGCAAACCCUGAGAAGAUGAAUCAUGAAGGCCAGGUUUAUGCAUAAUGGACGUUUCAAUCAGUAGUUUGGUGGAAGCAGCUGUGGAAGAAAAUUGCAUGCUAUUUCUCGGGGAAUAUGGAAAGUCAUCUAUCUGGUUACAAAUUCCAAUGGAAAUAUUUAUUUGCAGAUGUCCUAUAUAUCCCAAGACAAGAUAUCUUCCUGGCAACAGGUGAAGGAUAAAUUAUGUAAGAAGAAUAUGCUUAUUUGCAUCCACUGGCACGAAUUUUCUUUAGCAAAUUGUUAUGCCGAAAACAAAUAGUGCUGGCUUAAUCUCUCAGUGAUUUAGAUGUAUUUGUUGGCUACUUCUGUUGCCAGAUAUGUUUGUUUUGCAGUUUCUCGACCAUUUCUAUUCAUGUAGACAUAUCUUUUUGCAUGUAAAAUCAUCAGCUUUAUAAAAAAACAACUCAGCUAGAGCUAAAUUUCCAACA